UCCCUCUCCCUCUCUCUGUCUCUCUCUCCCCGCACCUUUGCCAGUUAGGGUUUAAGGUAAGGUUUAUGUUGCUCUACUGAAUUCAAAUAUUUUCUUCAGACGAAGUCUUUGUUCAUCAAGUAAAAAGGACGCCAACUUGAAAAGAUUCUAGCUUUGAGGCUCCCAAUUCAAGGAAGUGCUCUUGCCGUUCUGCUAUAUGGUUUCUGUUGGUUCAAAAGCUUUAGUAUCAUCUAGAAGCUGUAAUUUGGUGGAAGAUAUUGUAAUGGGUGGGGAGGAUUAUAAACAAGGUAGAAACAAAAAGGGCAUGGGCAGGAAAGCCAAGAAACAAAAUCUUGGUUUUGAUGGUGAUAAUUCUAACAAAACUGUAUCUGGACUGGGGCGAGUUGCUGAUGGAAGAACGAGAAAUUCCUCACAGCCAUUGGUUAUCAGGAAACAGGUUGAUCCUGAGACAAAACAAUACUUCUCAGAGAUUGCAAAUCUUUUUGAAAGUAGCGGAAUUGACUUGGAAGAGCGAGCAGUUAUUUGUGGUAAUGCUCUUGAAGAAGUCAGAGGGAAAGAGUACGAACUGGCAACUGAUUAUAUUAUCAGCCAUACUUUGCAAAAUCUCCUUGAGGGCUGUGAUGUGGACCACCUUUGUAGUUUCCUCCGGAGCUGUGCAGAGUUCUUCCCCUUAAUUGCAAUGGAUAGAUCUGGUUCUCAUGUUGCUGAGACAGCUCUCAAGUCUUUAGCCACACAUCUUCAGGACAAUGAGGCAUAUUCUAUUAUUGAAGAAACUCUAACUGUGAUAAGCAAGGUGAUUGUUGCCAAUCCUGUUGAUAUGAUGUGCAAUCGUUAUGGAUCUCAUGUUUUUCGAAGUCUUCUUUGUCUUUGUGGGGGAGUCCCAUUGGAUUCCCAGGAGUUUCAUGGAACAAAACAAUCAACAAUUUUGGCAGAGCGGCUAAACCUCAAGGAAACUUGGAUUGGUGGGAAUGACUCAGCAUGCUGUCAGCAGGCAUUUCCCAAUUUACUGAAGUUUCUUGUAUCAGAAAUGUUGAAAAGUGCCAAUAAAGACAUUAAGACCCUGCAAGUUGAUCCAUACAGCAGCUUGGUUCUGCAGACAGCGUUGAAGUUAUUAGCCCAUGAAGGUCAAGAACUAACGCCAAUAAUCCCUGUUUUACUUGGAUUCAAAGAAGAAGAUUUGACAGAAGAGAACUUCAUAGAUACGACAGCGGUUGGUGAAGUUCAAGAAUUGAUGAAAGAAACUGCAUUCAGUCACUUAAUGGAGGUAAUCUUGGUAGCGACUCCUGAAAGCUUAUAUGAUGAGAUGUUCACAAAACUUUUCAGGAAUUCAUUGUUUGAGCUUUCAUCCCAUCAUUGCAGCAACUUUGUCAUUCAAGCAUUAAUUUCUCAUGCAAGAAAUGAAGAACAAAUGGAGCUGAUCUGGGAGGAACUUGGUCCAAAAUUUAGAGAUCUUCUUGAAAUGGGGAAGGCAGGAGUAAUUGCAUCACUUAUUGCUGCAAGUCUAAGGCUUCAUACCCAUGAAGAUAAGUGCUGCCAGGCCCUUGUUGCUGCUUUAUGCUCACCAAAUGAGUCUCCAAGAUGGAUUGUUCCUCGAAUACUAUUUCUUGAAAGUUACUUUUCCUUUGGGGACAAGGCCACUUGGAACUGGCCAAAUGGUAUUAAGAUGCAUGUCAUGGGAUCGCUGAUUCUCCAGGCAAUUUUCAGAUUUGGAAGUGGACUCAUUAAGCCUUUUAUUACUAGUCUUAUAUCCAUGGAAGGAGAACAUGUCCUUCAAACUGCAAAAGAUGCUGGUGGAGCACGUGUUAUUGAAGCUUUUCUUGGAUCCAAUGCUUCCUCAAAACAGAAGCACAGACUAAUUGUGAAGCUACGAGGACAUUUUGGUGAGCUUGCAGUGCACUCAUCUGGCUCAUUUACAAUUGAUAAGUGCUUUGCUGCCAGUAGUAUGUCCCUAAGAGAGGCCAUAGCAUCAGACCUGUUAGCAGUGCGAAAUGAACUAUCCAGGACCAAGCAAGGUCCUUAUAUCUUAAAGAAACUAGAUAUUGACAGAUUUGCUAACUGGCCUGAUCAGUGGAGGUCCAACCAAGCAUCAAAACAAUCAACUUACGAAAAGUUUUAUGCAGAAUUUGGAUCUAGUGAAAACAAGUCAAAAAUUGGUUCCUUCCUUUCUGAUACUUCCAAGAAUACAUCAAACCCAAAUGACUUGAAGAAAAUGAGGAAAGAGAUUGAUUAUCAUCUUGCCUCUGGUAAAUAUUCCAAAAGGGGUUAUACUGGUUCUGAGGCUGCUGGAACAUCUAAUAAAGCUAUGGAAAGCACGAAGAUACCAUUCAUAUCCGGUGAUAUGAAGGGGAAGAGACGACACAGACAUGAUAAAGGGACAGAAUCUUCAAAGAAGCUAAGAGUGUGAUGAUGUUGCAUUCCCUGAUUUUUCAAUUUCAACCUUGUAUACCUCAGUUGAGCUUUCCACAUUACAGUAAUGGCAAUUUUGUUCUUGAAUGUAGCAUAUCAGACUCCUUUAUAGUUGUUUUCUAUUA